AGCAAGUCGUGAAAAUAAUCCAAUUUGUUGCAAAGUGCUCUUUUUCCGUAGAAUUAACGCCGCAAUUUUGACGCAAAAGCACGCGGGUCAAAUGUGAACACACAACCAUGAAUAUCAGCAAGUCACUUGAAAAGAUAUUGGAGGAGGCCGUGGUGUGUGGCGAGUUGCGAUUGACAGGGCGUCGUCUAAAGGACUUUCCGAAAAUCGCGUUUCGCUUCAAUUUGGGCGACACCGUGUUCGCGGACCUGUCAAAAAAUCGCUUCACCGAGCUGCCCGACGACGUGUGUCAGUACCCCUUCCUCGAAAAACUCAUAAUUUACCACAAUGUGAUACGAAAUAUUCCGGAAAGUGUCUGCAAACUACACUCGCUGCAGUAUUUGGACAUUCGCAACAACCAAUUGCAAUCGCUACCCAAAGAAAUCUGUUUCCUACCAUUGAAGGUAUUUCUAGUCUCAAAUAAUCGUCUGAAUUCGUUGCCCGAGGAGAUCGGCAGGCUGGAAACGCUGACGGAACUCGAUGCAGCUUACAACCAAAUCAACAUUCUGCCCGUGCGGAUGGGCGAUUUGCGGAAUUUGCGUUCGCUCAACCUGCGAAGCAACCAAUUGGUGUAUCUGCCACGCGACAUCAGUGCCCUGCGACUCACGAAUCUCGACAUUAGUUCGAAUCGCAUCAAUACGCUGCCCGUUGAGUUGCGACAAAUGACGUCUUUGGUGUAUCUCGAUGUCACAAAUAACCCGUUGACGUCGCCGCCAGCCAGUUUGUGCGUUUUCGGGCUCGUACACAUCUUCAAGUACUUGGAUAUGAUGGCCAACAAGGACGAUAAGGUGAUGGAUACGAGCAUGGGACCCGGUUCAAGCAAUUCCAUGGGACGACGGGCAACGACACCAAAGCAUACGGCAAAUCCCGUGCACGCUGCGACAAUACCGCAAGACGGAAUUGACAAGAAACGCCUGCCAAACAGCUUGAAUUUGAAGGCGGAGGGCAAAUGUGAGUCUGCUGCCGUGGGAAUGCAGGUCAUUCAUCAGCAGCAAACGCAAUUGAAGAGCAAUUUGAAGGAAACUAGUUAUACGCCACGCCUUUCCGGAUCGAAUGAGAACAAUAAUAGUCGCGAGGGAUCGCAACCCGGCAGUCCGGAUAAAAUUAAAAACACUUUUGGCACGAUUCAGACCUACAAGGAAUACAAAGAGGCCCUCAAACAACAACGAAAUCACGAAAUCUCGUCAGUUUACCGUAGCAAAGAUGCGCAAAGUUCGCCCGAAGAAGCGCCAAGUGCUCUGCGAAACGGAUCACAUUCCCUUCCGACAUCGCCUCCGACUACCCUGCAUCUUUCCACAUCGAAAUCCAACUCGCCGACAUCCACGCAAAUCCCGAGCAAGAUACCAAAUGGCAAUCACGCGCACUUGAACGGGAAUCACACGACAGAAAAUGGCAAUAACGGAACAACCAACGGAAAAUCUGACUCCAUGAUGUACAUCAAACCAAGCGGACCCACUUCCGGGAUCCCAACUGUGGCAAAUCCGACGAAAAAACUCUCGAAAACUGUUUCAUGGAAUCGUGACUUGCCCACGAACGGCGACAAGAAAAAUUUCACGAUGCGUCGCGAGUUUGACAGACAAAAAGAGGAAACGGAGCUCCUUCAGCAGUUACGUGCGAUCAUCAAAUCUCGCUUAAAAAUUAAUCUUCCGGAAGAUUUGGCAGGUGCUUUGCAAGACGGCGUCGUUUUGUGUCAUCUUGCGAAUUAUGUGCGUCCCCGGAGCGUCGCCAGUAUCCAUGUUCCGUCGGCAACGACGCCAAAACUCACGGUAACGCGUUGUCGUCGCAACGUCGAUUGCUUCCUCGAUGCGUGUCGACGGAUUGGCGUCGACGAGAAACUCAUUUGUUGCGCCGCCGACAUCUUGGAAGGACGUGGAGUGGUGCAAAUUGCCAUCACAGUCGUGGAAUUGUUGAAAUUUCACGGCACCUUAGCACCGAGCGGCAUAAAAUCCCCGACGCAAUCUCUUUCAAAGUCAAAUUCAUUGGAAAAGAGUGUCAAUUGAAGAGGUUUCAAAAAAAGGUCUGUUGUGAGAAACAAGCAAAG